AGCAACUCGGUACCCUGACUCAUACUCUCCUCUCGCUCUAUAAACUCUCUGUCCUUCCUUCCUCACUUUUCUGGCUCUCACAUAAUUCAAAACCUCGUCCUCUGUUCUUAUCCCCUUAAUGGCUUCUCCCCUGUUUCUGCUCUGCUUCAUGCUCUACAUUUCACACUCAUCUCAAAUGAUUCUUUUGCCACUAACACACUCAUUUUCCAAAACCCAAUUCAACAGUACCCACAACCUUCUCAAAUCCACCUCCACUCGUUCAGCAGCACGCUUCCACAGCAAAACGAAAGGACAAGAAGUCUCUCUGCCACUUUCACCAGGAAGUGACUACACCCUCUCCUUCAACAUAGGCUCGCACCCUUCACAAACCAUAACCCUCUACAUGGACACAGGCAGUGAUCUCGUGUGGUUCCCAUGCGCUCCAUUCGAGUGCAUUCUCUGCGAAGGUAAACCCAAAACAACAAAACCCCCAAACAUAACAAAAGCCCACACCGUUUCGUGCCAAUCCCAUGCAUGUUCCUCAGCUCACGCUUCCAUGUCAUCCCGUGAUCUUUGUGCAAUCGCACGUUGUCCCUUGGAUUCCAUCGAAACCUCUGAUUGUUCUUCUUUCUCUUGUCCUCCCUUUUACUACGCUUACGCCGAUGGAAGCUUCAUCGCGCGCCUCUUUCGUGAUACCCUUUCCGUUUCUUCUUCUCUUCUUCUCAAAAAUUUCACCUUCGGUUGCUCCCACACCGCCCUCGCCGAACCCACCGGCGUCGCCGGCUUCGGCCGUGGCUUAUUGUCUCUCCCAGCUCAACUCGCUACCUUCAAUCCCCAACUGGGUAAUCGCUUUUCGUAUUGUUUGGUUUCUCACUCUUUCGACGAAGAACGAGUUCGACGACCGAGUCCACUCAUUCUCGGCAGCUACGGCGGCGGCGGCGGUGAACCGGCUGCGUUUGCGUACACGUCCAUGCUUCCGAACCCGAAGCACCCCUAUUUCUACUGCGUGGGGCUCGUCGGAAUUUCCGUCGGGAAGCAAACUAUUCCGGCGCCGGAGAUGCUGAGCAGGGUGAACGGGAGGGGAGACGGCGGCAUGGUUGUUGAUUCGGGCACCACGUUCACGAUGUUGCCAGCGAGUUUGUAUAACUCGGUGGUUGCUGAGUUCGACCGCCGAGUCGGGCGAGUUAACAAGCGCGCGAGUGAGGUUGAGGUCAAAACGGGUCUCGGGCCGUGUUAUUAUUUGGAUGGUGCGGUGGAGGUAAUACCCACGGUGACGUUGCAUUUUGUGGGGAAUUAUUCGAAUGUGGUGCUGCCUAGGAAGAAUUACUUCUACGAGUUUUUAGACGUUGGUGAUGGAGGGAGAAGGAAGAGGAAAGUGGGAUGCAUGAUGCUGAUGAACGGUGGUGAUGAAGCUGAUUUAAGUGGUGGACCCUGGGCCACGCUUGGGAAUUAUCAACAGCAAGGAUUUGAGGUUUUGUAUGACUUGGAAAACCAGCGCGUGGGCUUCGCUAGAAGGCAAUGCUCGUCGCUUUGGGAUAGCCUCCACCAUGAGAAAAACUAGUGUGUCUACUGUGCACAGUUGCACUGAAUUACUUCCCUUUCGGGCACGGGUCGGGUCUACUGUAAAUAGAAAAUAAGCAGCGGGUUUGGGUGGGGGCUCCGUUCUCCAAGUCCAUAUGUAUACAUGUAU